AUGUCAAAGUAUACCUUAUUAAUGGCUAUCAAUAAUAUAAAUGCUAUCACCACAAUAACAACACCAAAACAUCAAAAGGAACUAAAAAAUUUGGAUAAAACUAAUCAAAAUUCCGCAUUUUCUAGUGUUCAAAAUUUAAAUACAUCAUCUUCAAGUUUAUCAUCAUCAUCAAAUUCAACCCCACCACCAACAGUAAUACCAAUAACUCCAACACCAUUUUUAAAACCAUCAUCAUUAAAUAAUGAAAGAGAAGAAAAUAUUAUGGUUUAUUGCGAGGAUGGUCGUACUAUUCAUAUCACAUCACCCCAAAAUUCAACAGCAUAUAGGUUUUCAAAAGUUUUUCAACCAACAACUACCCAAGAAUCGUUCUAUAAUGAAGUCGCAAGACCAUUGGUCGAUGAUGUUUUAAAUGGAUUUAAUGUUGGUAUUAUUGCAUAUGGUCAAACUGGAGCAGAUAAAACAUAUACACAGUUUGGUAAAGAUAUUGGCGAUGAAUUACCACUUACAGGACAGGAAGGCUAUGGUAUCACACCACGUUUCAUCAUAGAUUUAUUGAACAGGGUUAACUAUUUGUCAUCAGAUUGUGUUAUAUUUACAGUUAGAGAAUCAUAUCUCGAACUUUAUAGAGAGAAACUUUAUGACUUGAUUAGCGAUAAGGCAGAGCUGGAUAUUAGAAUGAGCGACAAUGGAUUUAAUGCUCCAGAUGCAUCACAACCACCAAUUCAAUCAUAUGCAGAUUUUUUACAUUAUAUACAUAAUGGUGAAAAAAUAAAAGUUAUGGUGAUAAUACAAUUUAAACAAAGUGAUGAUGACGAAACCUUUUGCAAAUUAUUUCCAAGAAAUACUACACCAAUUGACCAAAUUGACACACGCAAAAUUGAUGAAAAAUUAGAAGAUCAAUUUCAAUUAAAUAGAACUGCACUCAAAGAGAUUGAUUUAAAGAAUUUUAGUGAAAAAGUUAAUAACUAUAAUAGAAAUUAUAAUAUUUUCAAAACCCUUUCUUCAAACAUAAAUAUUAAUAAUUAUAAUAUUAAUAAUAAUAUUAUUAAUAUAAAUAUUAAUAAUUAUAAUAUUAAUAAUAAUAUUAUUAAUAAUAAUAAUACUAAUAAUAAUACUAAUAAUAAUAUUAAUAAUAAAUAUUAA